UGUUCUACAGGACACGUACUGAGUGCGCUUCGAUGCAGUUCUUCAGAUAAUUCGGUUUUCAUUUUUCCUCCUUUUGCGGUGUUCUCUCAGAAGUUGAUUUCUUCGUAGAGGUGGAUAUAUGGGUGAGCUCGUCGGGCUGCUAAAAGUAACUGUAGCACAGGGGAAAAGGCUAGUAGUCCGGGAUUUCAAGAGUAGUGAUCCUUAUGUCAUCGUCAAGCUGGGCAAUCAGACUGUGAAGACCAAGGUUAUUAACAGUUGCCUGAAUCCUGUCUGGAAUGAAGAGUUUACGUUCUCAGUAACUGAACCCAUUGGAGUUCUAAACUUGGAGGUGUUUGACAGAGACCGUUUUAAGGCGGAUGACAAAAUGGGUCGGGCUCACCUCACCAUCCAACCCAUAGCAUCCGCUGCACGGCUGAGACGGGUUCUACGUGUAUCAGAUGGGGAGACAAUGAUCAGAAAGGUGGUCCCAGCCAGUGACAAUUGCCUAGUCAGGGAGAGCUCUGUGAAUUGUGUAGAUGGAGAGAUUGUGCAGGAUGUUUGGUUGAGGCUGUGUGAGGUUGAAUCUGGAGAGAUUGAGUUAAAAGUCAAGUGGGUUGAUCUUCCUUCUGAUUCCCAUCAGGCUCCUUCAAGUUGAAUGUAAAAAUGGAGGUUGAAUUGAACUUUAAUUACAGCAAUGAAGAUGCUAGUAUUUAUAAUU